GAGGCAUUCUCUUCAAGUGCAUGUCUUUGGAGCCUGAGAGAAUUACAGAGCAACUGGAGAAAGUGCUGUCAAUUCUAGAGAAAAAGUUUCCAGAUCUACCCCCACGGGAGAAAAUUAUCUCUGUUCUCCAGGAGGCUCAGUUUAACCCUCAAGGCAUAAGUAUGGAGGAGGUUAUGCUGAAGGAUCUCAAGGAGCUUUCAGAUGGAGAAAUCAAAGUAGCAAUUAGCACUGUAUACAUGACACUGGAGGACUGCAUGUUACACAGGAGUCUCAUUGGUGAUCUGAAAGCAUUCAUAGAUAAAUAUGGGUUUGAUGUACUUGUCAUUUUGGCCAACUAUUUGUCAGAUGAGGAGCAAACAAAACAACGAAUAGCAGUAUACUCGGAAAACUUAGAGCUAGGCAGUCAAAUCUGCUGUGAAUUAGAAGAAUGUCAGAAUCCUUGUUUGGAGCUGGAUCCUCUAGAAUGUGAAUGUGACCAAAUUCUCAUUUAUCAUCAAGAAAAUUCUUUGGUGACCUGUGAUCAAAUCUUUCUUCUAGUUAGGGAAGUUAUAAAUAGAAGACAACCAGAAAUGGUAUCAAACAGUAGAACUUCUUCUACUGAAGCUGUUGCUGGGAGUGCUCCACUUUCACAAGGAUCUUCUGGUAUUAUGGAGUUGUAUGGUUCUGAUGUAGAACCACAACCCAGUUCUACCAAUUUUAUAGAAAAUCCUCAAGAGCUCAAUGGAUCUAUACCAGCCCACAUGGAUGUUAAUGUAGACCUUGUGAGUCCAGACAGUGGAUUGGCCACUAUUAGAAGCAGCCGAUCUUCCAAGGAGAGCUCUGUUUUUCUUAGUGAUGAUAGCCCUAUCGCAGAAGGUGCUGCUUCCCAUCACAGUCUUCUGCCUGGUUUUGAUUCCUAUAGCCCUAUUCCUGAAGGUACAAUAGCAGAGCAAAAACCUCAGUCUAGAAACAAUAGCAAUAACUUUGAUCUUUUCAAUUUUGAUCUAGCACCCAUGGUUACAGCUCCAUCUGAGUCGUCUUCUCAUUCCAUUGACUGUUCCCCAGCAGAUGACUUUUUCCUUAAUAGUGAUUCAUCAGAAGGACAACCACCCACUGUGCAAAAAGAACUCAAUGAGGCAAACCUACUAGAAAAUGACAUAGCAAAUUAUUCAACUGACUUACUAAUGGCAACAAACGAGGAAGACAAUUUAGCUGAAUUUGAUGAGAAUCCAGGAGAUAUAUGUGAGAAAACUUCAAGCUUGAUUGAUUUAGUUGAAGGUGAUUCUUCUUCACCUGAAAUGUUGAAAUCUGCUGAUUCAAGAAUUCCGCCAACUCCUAUGAACAAUCUUGUAGAAACUUCACCAUUAGAUAAUGGGCAGCCUUUAUUUUUCCCACAAGAUGUAGUAAAAAAAAUUAAUGAAAUGGAUAGCUCAAACUAUUCUCAGUCUCAUGUUAGGUAUGGGAGCUGGUGGGAUGGCUUUGACAUCAUAGAGUCCAGAAAUGCUGAUACAUGGAGUUCAAGCGAGCAGGAAUCUCUAUUUCAGAGCCCUGUCUUAUGGAAAGAUUGUAAAGCAAGUCCAUUGUUACGGGAACAUAUUGGAAGAGCCUCAGAUUCUGUAUUCCUGCAAAAACAGCCAAAGCAAAUGGAAUACACAAGAGCAGGUCUGUGGGAUAAUCAAUUUAAACAAGAUGAUAGUCAGAACCUAGAGAAUGAAGAGAAAAACACUGAACGUUCACAUUUGCAAACUGCUUCUUUCGAGGAGACAGAGCAAGAACUGGAGAACUUUACUGACCCAUGGAAGGCAAGUCAGCCAAUACCUGUGGUAUCAGAUGUGUGGUGUACUGGUGAAGGAAAAGGUGGUCAACUAGCUGGAGACUCUUAUGAAGUCUGGACUAAGUUUGAUGCAGAGGAUAUUGCUAAAUCCUCAGAAAACAUAUGGAACAUGCCCAAACUGGACAGAGAAAAAAAAUCAGUGAAUAAUCCUGAGGAAUGGGAAAUAUCAAAAACUAGCUUAUCAGAGCCUUCAGAAAUCACAGCAGACAAUGAGACUGAAAACCCACCUAUUCAGGUGUCUCCAGAAGCCUGGUAUAAAGAGAGAUACUAUUCAAUAGGAGAACAUGGAACAUCUGAAAAUACAAAUUCUAGUAUCAACAAUAUGCAAAACAAUUUCAAGUUACAAACAGAGGAAAAAAAUGUAUUAGUUGACCCUAAACAUAGACUAAAACAAUUUGAAAAUAUAGAGCCCUGGAAUUUAUAUGAUAAAAACAUCAGGAAAGAAGUAACAGAAGUAGUGGUGCCAUGGGAAGAUACCUUCUUGGCAUAUAAAUGCUCAGACCUUAGCUCAUCAAACAUUGGUGAAGAUUUAGUUGUUUCUCCACUAGACACCAAUUAUUCAACAUCUGAUUCAUAUAUAUCACCUACGUAUGUGGGAGAUGAAAGAGAAAAUGAGGACAAAGAUUUUGACAAAGUAGUUACUGAUAAAUUCAUAAACCCAAAUUUAGAUGAACCAAAAGUACUUGAGAAAGCAGAUAAGGAACCGUUAUCCCCUAGAAACAUGCCUUUUUCAAGCUCCAGAAACACAGCCUUAAAUAAUGAAACCCAAUUAAAAGAAAGAAAUUCUGAGAUUACUGCUCUUUCUGCCACUGGUACACCUUUACUCAAUUCAGAACAAACAGCUAAUCAAUAUUUUUCAACUGAGAAAUAUACUCGUGAAAAUAACUUUUCUAUCUCUCAAAACAGAAGAAUAACACCAGUAUACAAUCGAACAGUGAAUGACUUGUCACUGCCACAGAAUGAAUUAAAUACUAGAUGUACAUCUGAAAACGUAGAAACAGUGAGCAAUUUUCCGGUAGAAGAGACAGGCACAUCUACAACAACUUCAGAUGCUGGUAACGAUUUGAACCUGAAAGCAUUUGACUUAGGAAGUGAGAUACUGGGUAAGGAAGAAGCACAAAACACUGUUGAUGAUGAAAAGCUGGAUAGUUGGCAGUCAGUGCAGGAGCCAAACUUAUGGAGUUUACAGACAGAGCAGGAUUGUGAGGAAGGCUGGGAGAACUACUAUACCGUUUUCAUCUCUCAGGAAGGAAAAGAGGAAUGUAAGAGAAUAGAUGAAACAAAUGGACAGCAAAAUAUUAGUGACAUUUGUAACAUACCAGUGCAAGGUGAUAGUGAAUCUUCAUGUAAUGCAGAGUCAGAAGAAAACAGGUCAAUGUGUGAAGUUCCCAGCUCACUAGAAAAAAUGAGGAAUAGUGUUAGUUCGGAAGCUUUAGACACAGAGAAUAUGUCAUUUUCCAAUGACAGUAAUUUAGUCAGUCAGAAAGAGAAGAAAGAAUUAUUACAGAACAACACAGAAUCUUCUUCAAGUGCUUCUGAGGAAGAUAGAAAUUAUGAAUCUUUUGAUGACUCCUUUAACUCCAAAAAGCCACAAAAUUACAGUUAUAGUGAAAUAUCACAGCCACUUUCUGAGAAAGGUAAAAAGGAGAUUACAGUGAUAGUUGAUGCAUCUGUGAAUGCGUGGGGAGACCUUCCAGUUGCCAGUCAUCACAAAGAGAAUAGAGAUAUGUGGGAUUUUACAAAUGAUAAAAAACUUGAGGAGGCUAAAAAAAGAAAAGAAUUUGGGAAUGAAUGUCAAGAAGGGCUUGAAACAAGCACUGAACACAAAGUUCCUAAAAAUUUAGAUUUUUGGAAUGCCCACGUAGAUGAUGAUACUGUAUCUUCUUUGUCAAAUCCUGAAAUAAAUGAGGAUUCAGAGAAUUCAGAUACAUGUCCAACAGCAAUUAAUGAAGAUUCCACAUAUGAAAAAAAGAAGCACAGGGCAUCUGAAAUUGAAGAGGAUUAUGCACAAUCCAAUGCAACAAGUCCUGAAACAGAUGAAGACAAUUUACAUGCAAAAACUAAUGUGGGAGAGGAGGUCCAGGUAGGCAUCUUAAAUGAGAAUCUUGAAACAAUUAAAGCUGGGAAUAUAUCAAAGGAUGACUUGACUAUAACUGAGCCUAAUGAGGCUUCUGAACAUUUAGACCACUGGGAAACACUUCAGAAAAAAGCUCAAGAGACUAUUUUCAGUGAAAAAACGGGUACUGCAGAAGACUCAUAUUUGCAUCAAGUGAAUGAAGAUGAUACUCUGACUUAUGCAGUUGAUGAUAAAGAAGAAUAUUCUUCAAAAGCUUUAGAUAUGUGGAAUAUGUCAUUGGAAGCUGAUUUAAGAUUUGAACCAAAGUCCACAGUAGAAAUAUUUGGUUUUCCAGAUGACAGUUCAGAAUGGUGGAAUUCACAAACUUGUGAAGAAAAACUAGUUGAAGAUCAAUAUUCUACUUCAAGCCUUCCUGUAGCAAACCCAUUAAUAAACAGUAAGCAGGACUCCUGGGGACCAUCUAUACCAAAUGAAGAGCUAGAAGAUGCACAUUUCACUGAUCCAAGUAAUGAUGGAAUUCAGGCUCCCCACCUGUACUGCAGUGAAAAAGAAAAUGAAAGGCUAGCACAGUCUAUGAAUAUUCAUGAUAGUCAAAUAAAUCAAGAUACUGUACAAUUCAAACAAUUUGAUCCUUUCAUACUGGACAAAGAAGGAAGGGACUUGAAAGAGCAGCCUUUUCCCACAGAUGAGGGAGAUCAACUGAUUCCACAGAAUCCUUUUUCAGAAGAUUGUGAACCAAGUAUGUCAAGUACAUCGGUUCAAGAAAACACAAUACUUGCUCAACCAAAUGACAAUGAGGGAGAUGCAAGUCUCAUUCCUCAAGAACAACAACUGGAUACCUGUGAAACAUUAGAAGUGCCAGAUGCUUUCACUGUAGAAGACUUAUCUUUUGAAAUGACAGAGAAGUCAAGUCCAGGGUGGAAUAUAUUAGUUCCCCAAACUGCACUUAUCCCAGCUAUUUUACAGGAUAACACCCAAGAAAGUAAUCAGCUGUUUUCAGUGGAACCUGACCUGUGGACUAAUGCUGAGCAACUUUUCACUUUGAAAGGAGACAAUGAAAAUCCUGAUAUAUUAAGUCACUGUGACCAAGACAAUAGUUCAGAGGCAUCAAGCAGUCCAGAUGUGUCCCAGGAGUAUGAUGCUAGGCAUGCCUCUCUCCUAUCUUCUCAGACUGAGGUGGAGCCUGAAGACAGUCAACUGAUUUGCACACUGUCAAAUAUGAGUAAAGAGGUAGAUUUUGAUUCAAAGUAUCAGUUAGUGAUGCAGAAGUUGGAGGCACAGUCUGAAAGUGAUAGUCCCCAAGACUAUGAUCAAGGAAAGACAGAUGAAUCCUAUCAGCUAAUCUCUCCUAAUACUCAGGAGCCUUCUGCACUUGUAAUUUUGGAAGAAUAUGGCCUAGAAAGGAAACUUGUUACUGAGCAAAUCAAGACAGUUAAGAUCCCCACUGAAGUUUUAGGAGUAACAUCCUUAGAUCUGAAAGAUAUAUUCCAUGAAAGUAAUAUUCCUGCAAGCCAUCAAGAAACACCACUUGAUUCAGCUCAAACAGUGAACUCCCAAACACAUUUUAUUCCCACUGAUUUCACUCUACGUGAUAUGCCAGAACAAAGCUUAAAAGAAAUGAGUGCCUUGGCUGAAACUGAAAAAUAUUCUGAUAUUGACUGUACAAUAAUAACUAGUGAUGAAUUAGAAAUAUCAGAUGAAUGCAUGGAUGGAUCUGAGACUGGGGUAGAACAUAACAUCAGUAACACAUCUGUCACUAAUAUCCCAUCAAGCACAUGCAAUGGAAUGAGCACAUUGACAAUAGUGGGCAGUGAAGCAGCAGAAAGGGACUCAAGUGCUAAACAGAUAUUCUUCCCCAGAUCUUUUCUGUCUGGUGAUAAUGAAGACCAUGAAUCUGAUUCAAGUAAUCAGCUGGUUGAUGACAUAGUAAAAGAACCCGAACAUAUAAUUGAAAAUGAUGCUCCUGUGUUUAAGGGAAUGCCUAGUGAUCAAUCGCCAGUGAUGUGCGCUUCACCUUCUCAUGUAUCUCUUGGUGCUGAACCCUCUGGCAGCAGAGAAUGUGCCAAGAAUGAGCUCUUGUUACAGCAACCAUUUUGUGACACUGUUUCUUUGGAAAAGCGUUUACCACUGCUUACUCCUCAGGGAGAUGCAGAAGGUACCCUAAUGAUUAAAGAUGACAGCGUCAAAGAUCAGGUGCCUGACACAUCCACAGAGUGCCCUCAGGAAGAGCCGGUGUUGGUGUCUUUGCUCUUGGAGUCUGAAGUAGCUCCAGGAGCCUCUGAGAUUUUGAAAGGCAUCAAGCACGAAGCAGAAACAACUGAUCUCGACUCACCGCCAGGUGGAGAUAAAAGAUCACCUGAUGAAGCUGCCACUGACCCACUUUGUAGGGAGAAUAAGCCGAGAAAUUCCUCUGAGAGCCCUGAACUUAAAAGUACAGAGGGUAAGGAAGAUAUGAGGAUGCAGGUGCACAGAGAUCAAACUUCACUGCAGAUGGAUUACAUCCUUGUUACUAGGGAAGAAAAUACACCUUCAAGGAAGGAUACCCUUGAAAAAAAAGGAAGUGAUUUUACAUUUCAAGAAGUUAAUGUAGCUGAACAAACAGAAUCUCAUGAAGGCUUUUCACCAGGCUCCUCAGAUACAUUUCAGCCAAUUUCUAUAAUAAAUGAAAGGGAAGGCCACUGUGUUUGGGGGACUGAAUGGGACUCUGUUAACUUAGCAGAGAAAAGUUCUUCUUUUGUGCCUCAAAAAUUGGAUGAUGAAAGGAGAUUGCCAGAAAACUGUGGGCAAGAUGAGGGCUGGAUUAUUUUGGGCCGAAAUGAAGUCAGUUACAUAUCACCUGAAGAAAUUUCUGCCAGGUUAGAGACGCCAAAAUCAGGGUCUGGACAUUCUGGUGAAGAACUGGAAGCUGUUAUAGCGCAGGAAUCAAUUCUUGACACUCAAGCAGAAUUUCAGCUAGAUGGUGGUGAUGGUGUAUGGGAAGCAAAUUCUCAACAGAGACUUGGAAAUAACGUAGUAACAGAACAAGAAAUGGAGGAAGAAACAGUGCUUCUCAACAGUGGAAGAAAACUGAGUCAAAGAUCAGGAUUGGUACCGGAGAAUGUGGGAAUGGACAGCCCUUUUGCUGAGGGUGUAUUAAGCCCCAGUUCUACAGAAAUAAGACCUGAACCUCCCAAUUCUCUUGAUCUUAAUGGCUCCCAUCCCAGAAGAAUAAAGCUCACAGCUCCAAAUAUCAGUCUCUCUUUGGACCAGAGUGAAGAGUCUGUACUUUCUGAUGAUAAUUUGGAUACACCGGAUGAAAUCGACAUCAACGUCGAUGACCUUGACACUCCUGAUGAAGCAGAUUCUUUUGAAUACACUGGACAAGAAGACCAGACAGCCAUUAAGGAUGCUUCCCAGGAGGAGUCCAAAUUGAUUCCAGAAUACACCGCUGAGGAGGAGCGAGAGGACAAUAGGUUAUGGAGAACAGUGGUUAUUGGAGAACAAGAGCAAAGGAUUGAUAUGAAAGUCAUUGAACCUUACAAAAAGGUCAUUUCGCAUGGAGGAUACUAUGGUGAUGGUCUGAAUGCUAUCAUUGUGUUUGCUGCAUGCUUCUUGCCAGACAGCAGUCGAACUGAUUACAACUAUGUCAUGGAAAAUCUUUUCCUAUAUGUAAUAAGUACCUUAGAACUGAUGGUAGCUGAAGACUAUAUGAUUGUCUACUUGAAUGGAGCAACACCAAGAAAGAGGAUGCCUGGACUGGGUUGGAUGAAAAAAUGUUACCAAAUGAUUGAUCGACGAUUAAGGAAGAACUUGAAAUCAUUUAUAAUUGUCCAUCCGUCAUGGUUUAUCAGGACAAUUCUGGCUGUAACACGACCUUUUAUAAGCUCUAAGUUCAGCAGUAAGAUACAGUAUGUCAGCACAUUGGCAGAGCUCUGUGAGAUGAUUCCAAUGGAAUAUGUGCACAUACCAGAGAGUAUUGUCAAACUGGAUGAAGAGCUGGGGAAGCUUCAGAAACAGCUAAGAGUUUUCAGCUAG